UCCCCAUUUCCAGCUGCAAAUUACUGCAGAAUCUGAACCCAUUUGCCGCCAGGACAGGUGUAAAGGUCCAGGUAAGGUUCUCGCCCGGCUUUCCGGCCUCACCUUUCCUACUCUCCCACCUGUCCCCCGGGGGCUGUUCGCUGCCCGGACCAUGGCCCAGAAGCCGAAGGUAGACCCCCACGUCGGGCGACUAGGGUACCUGCAGGCGCUGGUCACGGAAUUCCAGGAGACUGAGAGCCAAGACGCCAAGGAGCAGGUCCUCGCCAACCUUGCCAACUUCGCUUAUGACCCCAGCAACUACCAGUAUCUGCGGCAACUGCAAGUCCUGGAUUUAUUCCUCGAUUCAUUGUCAGAAGAGAAUGAGACGUUAGUGGAGUUUGCUAUUGGGGGCCUCUGCAACCUAUGCCCAGACAGGGCCAACAAGGAGUACAUCCUACAGGCAGGAGGCAUCCCACUGAUCACCAACUGCCUGUCCAGUCCCAACGAGGAGACGGUGUUGUCUGCUGUUACCACACUUAUGUACCUGAGCUCACCAGAAGCCUGUCCCCACCCUGAGCUGAACUCCAUGCCUGUGAUCCAGUGCAUGCUACGCUUCUCUCUCUCAGCCAACACAAGACUCCGGAACCUGGCCCAGAUCUUCCUGGAAGACUUCUGUUCCCCAAGCCAGGUGACCAAAGCCCAAAGCUGGCAGGCUGACUCUGCCCUGGGUAUCCCACUGCCAAGGACUGAGGCCCCACAGCAGCCUUGAUCCAAGGAGACCCCAAGGCCCUAGCACCCAUACUGCCAGAGACCACAGUCCUUUUGGGAAAAGGGAGCAUACAUAGCUGCCCAGAGCCAUUCUGCUGAAAUGGUGCCAUCUUAAAGGUGAGGUUUUUCAGCAGGUAUUUACACUGUGAGAAAAUGAAAGCUGCUACUGCUUUUGUGGCUGUCACUCUUGACAACCCCCCCACCCCCACCAUGCCAGGCUCACAGCCUCCUGUAAGAACUGGCAGGUACCAGGUCCAGAAGCUUUGCACUAGGAUGUGCUCAUGAGCCUGAAGGGGUAGUCCUCAACAGAACUGUCUGGAGUCAUUUUGUGGGAUAAAGAUAAGAAGAUCCAUCAUUAGAAGGAUCUUGGGCCCAGAAAGCUGGGAAGGCGACCUGCCCCUCCAGCACUGUGGAGAAAAAUACCUCCACCUCAAAUCUCCAAGCUGGACAUCUGGGCAUGGUGGACACUGACCUAGAUAACUCUGUGGCCCAGGAGUAACUGUUCACACAGCCCUACUACCUGCUAGGCACCUUGUAAGGGGAUAAGAGAUGUCCCUGCCCUUGGGUGACACAGACCAAUGAUUGUUAAUGUGGCCACAGUGCCUGCAGAUGAGAGCACGUCAGAAUAAAGGCAGGAGAGCCAGGCAUGGUGACACACAUCUGUAAGACUUCCAGAAGCAGAGAGGAGUGAACACAUUUCUACAGUGGGACACCUUCUGACUCCUGUACUUCUGUAGAGCAGAGUAAGUGCUACUUCUGUGCUGGUUUUGGAAUAGGACCUGCAGCUGCAUUUAAAAAUAUCUCAAGAGUCAACUCAUGAGUAAAAAUGGAGAAAAUGGCAUUUCAGGCUGAAAGUUCCAAAACUUUCAGGAGGUACUAAGGAGGGGAGAGAAAACUAGGAACCAGGAAAGCCCUUGGGCCAGUUAAACUGUGGAGUGAUCAGGAGAUUGAAAGUGUUCUGCAAGAAUGGGAAUUUUUUUGAAUAUGAACAUGUGAAGGCUGGGUGCAGGUGGUUCACAAGGCCUGUAAUCCUUGCUGCUCAGGAGGCAGAGUAGGAGGACUGUUAUUUGAAGCCAGCCCCAGGAAAUAGUUCAUGAGACCCUGUCUCGAAAAAACCCAACACAAGCUGGGUGCUGGUGGCUCACAUCUGUAAUCCUAGCUCCUCCUGAGGCAUUGCUGUUCGAAGAAGCAGCCUCAGGCAAAUAGUUGGUGAGACCCUAUCUGGAAAAACCCAUCACAAAAAAGGGCUGGUGGAGUGGCUUGGGUGGUAGAGCACCUACCUAGCAAGCUUGAGGCUGAGUUUAAACCCCAGUACCACCAAAAAGAAAAAAGUGAAGAUCUGGCAAGAUCUGUUGCCUAGAGUCUCAAUCAGAGGGGCAUAAAGAAGAGUUGGAAUAAAUGUUUCCACAUGCUAAGUUUGCAGGAUUGCACUGCUUGUGAGGCUGAGACCAAGGAGUGAAUCCUUGCCUUGUCCUUAAGAGAGGCCCUACACAGAAUCAUGGAAUGUAGAUGAAAGGACAGUGAUCUCUCAGGUCCUCUCUGAAAUGAUGCCACAUUUACCAGCCCCAGGACUGACAUCGCUGUGGUCUUUGUGGAGGAUUCUUAGCAAACACAAGGUCCUCAGUUCAAACCCCAAUAUUGCACAAAAAGAAAAAAAGAUAACCUUACCCCAAUUCUGUCUGAAAGGCAAUAGGAUUCUGUAACAGGUACAACUCUAUAAUUGGUGACUGUUUCUUUCCUUUGUCUAUAAUGAGAAUAAAGUAUGAAAUUAAAUGAAAAGCAGAUAAAAGGAUAAGGGCAAGCGCCCUUAGAGCUGCAUGUUCUCCCCUCAGGCGCCAGGGUCCCAUCUAAAAGCCUGGCCGUGCUAUGCUGUGUGUUGAAGGAAUCCUACCCCUUGAAGUUGUCCCUCACUCACACAGGCUUCAGGGAUACAAGUGAGGCAGAAGAGAUAACAGGAUGUGUGGCCUGAUGUCUGGAGAGACAGGAAUGUGGGACCUGAUGGGAAGUUGGGGUUUAGGAAAGGUGGGAGGUCCAGACUGACCAUUUAAACUGGGCGCUGGUGGCUCACACCUGUAAUCCUAGCUACUCAGGAGGCAGAGAUCAGGAGGAU